AUUCCUGAAAUGCACUUGCUCUGUAAAAUGAAAUACUGAGAAAUCCGUUAAGAUGCUGCUUAUCAUUAAUAUGGCAUUGCAAUAGAAGCUCGAACCCUAGGCAAGCAAGUCAGUUAUUUGGGACACAAGCAUGAAGAUCGUCGUCGCUUUAGUAACCCUGCUCUCUAGGAUUUAUCUCGGAAAUGGUCAAAGAGCUGUAACAUUCCUGGAACCGACUUGUGGCGUUUCGCUUUCUACAAUUCACUUUAAAGUAAUGGGCGGUCAAACGGCAAACAUGUUCGCAAACCCAUGGAUGGCCUUGAUACUCAGCGACAUCAUUUGUGGCGGUUCGCUUAUCACAGACCGUUUUGUGCUUACUGCUGGACAUUGCAUAAGUCACCAACCCGCUGUGGUACACCUGGGGGACUUCAAUAGGUCGACAACCGCCCAAUAUUGUUCGAGAACAGCUUGCAUGCCAAGGGCCAUUAAAAUCCCCGUCGUCGCUCAAAUAAGUCACCCAAGAUUUGUUAAUCCAGCCUAUAAUGAUAUAGCCCUGUUUCGCCUGGCCUGGAGGGUGCAGUUUACGGACUUCAUCAGGCCGAUCUGCCUGCUGACCAACUAUGAUCCCUUGCCACAAAUGAGAUUCUUCACUGUUUCCGGUUGGGGUGAAACUGAACACGGAACUGGGAGCGACGUUUUGAAGACCACAAACCUGGAGCAAGUGGAUCGCUCGAAAUGCCUUAUAUACGGUAGAAGGAUAGAUUUGUCGCAUAUUUGUGCCGGAGACCGCGCUUCUGGUGUUUGCCGUGGGGACUCCGGCGGUCCAGUCCACGGUACUUUUAUGAUAAACGGUAGGACCCGGGUUGUUCAGGUUGGAUUAGUCAGUUACGGAGAUCACGAUUGCAGAAGCUGGUCGGUCCUUACUAAUGUAAUGUAUCACAUGAACUGGAUCGCUUAUACUGUAGGAAAAGUCCAGUGACCGAAUUGAUAUGAUUUUGAAAUAAACAUAAUGUUUUAUAAAGAUAUA